AUGCCAAGUUAGACGCACGGAAGAUUUGGAAGUUGAAACUUAACUUUUCUUAAACCCACAGCCCCACUCCAGCUGUCAUAUAAAACAGCUGCCCCACUCUAUUUUUUAAUAACAGCCUGUCUACUUAUCACCACCCUCUAACUCCGUGUUCUUUGGUCUCAACUAUAUAUAGAAAUCAAACUUUUCACAUUUUACCAUAACAAUUAAACUCUCUAACAUCAUAAAUAUCACUAGUUAAAGAAAGAAACAAAAAUAUAAAUCGAUAUGUUUUAUUCGGACCCACGUAUAGAAUCUUGUUCAUCGUUUUCUGACAGUAUUAGAGCCAAUCAUUCUGACGAGGAAGUUAUUUUAGCUUCAAAUAAUCCGAAGAAGCCAGCUGGCAGAAAGAAGUUUCGAGAAACUCGACAUCCAGUGUACAGGGGAGUGAGGAAGAGGAAUUCUGGAAAAUGGGUUUGUGAAGUCAGAGAACCAAAUAAGAAGACGAGGAUUUGGCUUGGUACUUUUCCUACUGCUGAAAUGGCGGCUAGAGCUCAUGAUGUGGCGGCUAUAGCAUUAAGAGGACGUUCAGCUUGUUUGAAUUUUGCUGACUCUGCUUGGAGGCUGCCUACUCCAGAUUCCUCUGACACUAAGGAUAUUCAAAAGGCGGCCGCUCAGGCCGCCGAAAUCUUCCGACCUUUAAAGUCGGAGGAAGAAGAAUCAGUGGUUAAAGAUCAAUCUACUACUCCAGAUGAUAUGUUUUUUAUGGAUGAGGAAGCGUUAUUCUGCAUGCCGGGUUUACUUACGAAUAUGGCGGAAGGAUUAAUGGUACCUCCACCUCAAUGUACUGAAAUGGGAGAUCAUGUGGAAGCUGAUGAUAUGCCUUUAUGGAGCUAUUCUAUAUAAUAAGUAAGUAUAAUGAGAGGAGUAACAAUGCUAAGAGUGAAGUUUAUUAGUUUCGUGCUUAAUAUUUGGAUAUGGUACGAAUUAGUGUAUAAGUAUUGUAAUUUGUAAUGAUCAUGUAGAUAUUACUAGUAUUGCUAUAUACUAUUAUAACAAAAUGGUUGAAGCUAAAUGAGAAUCAUUGGCGUAUAUAAGACUAUUGUGUGUUUUAUGACAGUUAGUCUUAGAGUUUUUUCUCAUGGUUGAAUUUGGUUAAGAAGCUGUUAAAUGCGUUGUUCCACCAGCUUCGGAAAAACAACAGACACAUACUCUAAGAAAAGCAUAAAGCAUUUGCUUCUGGUUUAAGCAACUGAGUGAAAAAGUAGAUUUGUGGAGUAUUUUUUCAAGCCGAUUACUAUGUCACAAUCAAUCAAAGAACAUUGCUUAUAUCAUAA